GAGGCGUCGCUGCCAUUUUGUAAGAUCGACUGAAUCCCGUAAACGUCUUGUGAAAACGUCUGUAUGUAAGCGGAUAAUAGCGGGACGUUUUAGCUGGUUACUUUUCUUUUCAAUAAAUUGGAAGCAAAAUGCUCUCCGCAGCCCAGUUACUCGACGAGUUAAUGGGCCGAGACAGAAACUUGGCCCCUGAUGAAAAGCGCUGUAAUGUACGCUGGGACCACGAGACUGUCUGUAAGUAUUAUCUGUGUGGGUUUUGCCCAGCCGAACUGUUCACCAACACGCGCUCUGAUUUGGGUCCUUGUGAAAAGAUUCAUGAUGAAAACUUGCGAAAAAUGUAUGAGAAGAGCUCCCGGUUCAUGAAAGAAGGCUAUGAGAGAGACUUCCUGAGGUACCUGCAGAGCUUGUUGGCUGAGGUAGAGCGCCGUAUCCGGAGAGGUCAUGCCAGACUGGCAUUAUCACAGGCCCAGCAGAACUCUGGAGGCCCUACCCUGUCUGGGAAGAAUGAGGAGAAAGCGCAGGUGCUCACAGAGAAGAUCGAGGCACUGGUUGUCCAGAUUGAAGAGCUUGGCUCAGAAGGCCGUGUAGAGGAAGCUCAGGGCAUGAUGAAGCUGGUGGAACAGCUGAAGGAGGAGAGGGAGCAGCUCAGCUCUACACCAUCUACAAUUGAGAGCUUUGCUGCUCAGGAGAAGCAGAUGGAAGUGUGUGAGGUGUGUGGUGCUUUCCUCAUUGUUGGAGAUGCUCAGUCCAGAGUAGAUGACCAUCUAAUGGGCAAACAGCAUAUGGGAUAUGCUAAAAUCAAAUCCACAGUGGAGGAACUCAAGGUGAGUCAACAGGAAAAACUGCGCCGGCGCUCUGAGGACCCAGAAAGAGAUGACCGUGCAAAGAGGGAUAGAGAGAGGGAAGACAGAGAGCGUGAAAGGGAGGAACGUGAGAAGAGACGCAAGGAGGAAGAGGAGUUGCGGGAGAAAGAGAGGGAGAAAGAGCGCGAGAGAGAGCGUGAGAGGGAACGCGAGCGGGAACGAGAGCGCGAGCGGGAACGAGAGCGCGAGCGUGAAAGGCGUAGCAAACGUAGCCACUCACGCAGCCGCCACUCGAGUCGGGCCUCUGAUCGCCGCAGGAGCCGAUCACGGGACAGAAGGAGGAGCAGAAGCAAGGACAGGGAGAGGGACAGGAAGCGCAGCAGGAGUCGCGACCGUGAGAGGAGGCGCAGCAGGGAGCGCUCAGACAGGAAGAGACGUUCACGCAGCAGGGAACGAAAACGGUCCCGCAGCCCUGAGCGCAAAAGCCACCGACAUCGCAGCCGCAGUCGAGACCGGGACAGAGACAAAGAGAGAGAGAAGGAUAAAACUGCCAGAGACAAAGAGCACAAGGACACAGAGGAGAAAAAAGGCAGUGGAAAGGGCUCAAGUGAUGAACGGCCCAGCGAGUCCUCAAAGUCCGAGCCCAUGGAGGUAGAGCCUCCUAAAACAGAACUGAACGGCACCACUGAAGACCUCCAUUCUGAAGGUGACACUCAGUCCAAUUAAAACUGAUCUGAUAGGACCUCAGAUCAGCUCCAGGUAAGUGCACUUUCCCCGACCAGCUUAGCUCUUCCCCCCCCCUUCCUUCCCCCCCUUUUUCUUUCAGUUAUGUCUGUGAUUUUUCUUCCUGUUUUUUAAUAGUGCAUCGUAAGUAUGCACUGAAGAUGGAACUAGAGGCUGAAACAGAAGAAGGUAGAAUGAAUCAUACCCAGAGGGAAAAGCCAGUGUAGUCCUGAAAAACAUGCCUGGAGGUACCUUGUUUUGUAUCGGUCAUACAUAUAAGUUCUCUUCCAAAUUUUACGUUUUUUUUUCUCCUCUACCUAUACUACCUCACCUGUUAACUUGCACACAGUAAGAGUAUACUGUGGUAUUUCAUUAAUUCGUUCACUGAACAUGCAUACAAAAAUGUGCCUAUGAAUUCAAGAUAGAUAAGCACGCAGAAGUCUUAGCUCUAUCUCUAAUGUUUUUGAGGUUUUCACAGAAGGAGCUUUUUUUUUUGUUUGUUUUUUUAAUCCAUUAAACCUGCCGUCAGUGUUGAUUCUGUUCUUCAUGGAUGUGUGCUUCCUUGCCUUGCACUUUAAUGCAGUCUGUUCUUAAAGUCGAGAGCCGAUAGCAUUGGGAUGAUGGAAGUGUAGGGUUAAUGAAUUAUUGCAGCUGACUUCCAUACCUCACACAGCGUUGGUGUUGUGAGCGACCCCAUGAAAAGCCAAAUUAAAAAUCAAGGAUACUGUCAAACUGUGCAGGUACUCACCCAAGGUACUCCUUUCUCUACCCACAUCCAUUUGAAUGCUGUUACGUGUGACCGUGUUUCAGAGCUUGAUGUUCUUGGUUUCUUUUUAUAAAUAUAUUUUUCAUUAAUAAAUAUGGUUAAGACUUUGUAAAAUUAUUUUAAAAAUGCUAAUCACACGUGAAUGGAGGAGUAAAAUGUUGGGAUUUACAGAUGAACCCGGUUGAUAUCCCAGAGUCGACGUUGUUAGAGCGUAAUCACCCUCACCUGUUUUUCAGAUUACUGAUUUUAUAAUUUUAUUUUUUUUUUUUACUUUGGUUUUCAGUUUUAAUGUUAAAUCUGUAGUAGUUCCAUGAUGGGUUUUAAAACAGCCGAAAUUGAUCAAAGUGACUGGGUCAGCAGGUUUUUCUCUUUUUCUCUUUUUUCCCCCACCCCUAUCUCUUUUCUGUUUGGCAAUUACCGUACAGUGCAUCUGCUUCCCUAUGUCUUGUUUUCAGCGCAGAAAGUGGUAAUAGAUUAUAGACGAGGGGAUAUCAAGCGGGUUACUCUUCCAGGGGGAAAAAGAAAAAUAAAAAGUCAAUUUUUCUGGUUCCUGGGUUUUGUUUGUAUGCUUUUUUUUUUCAAAUCUUGUGUUCAAAUGAAGUCAGUUUUUGUCAUGGUCCAAAUACAACAGAAGUUCGAAGUAACUAGUCAGGAAGAUAAUUAAGGAAUCCAGAACUGUCAAAACUGUCUUCCUUCUACUGUUCACUGUUUAAUUGAAUAAAAGCUAACAUCAUGAACUAAUGUUGGUUUUUGUAGCCAAUGCUGUAAUAAUACAGAAGGUAAAUCUAAGUGACCAUGAUCAUGCAGAGUUUGUUUUAUUUUUCCUAGUUUUGUGCUGCACAUGAGGUUUCGAUUUCAGCUACUAAUUGACUUUCUGAUUAUUUGUGCAUGUCAGGGGAUGCUGGGGACACAGCUGAGUGAAGAAGACCUGAAGACCUCCAAACUUUUGCCAUGCAUACUUCGCUGCUUAUAACAAGGUGAACCAGAUGUAGUGGCCUAAUUAGGAUAAAAUAUAAUAAAAAGUAAAAAAAAAAAAAAAAUUCUGUUGCCCUUUUACGGCCAUUUCACAGGACCUUAUUUUUACUCCAUUUGUUUUUGUUCAUACUUUACUGUUAUGAGCUUAAAAGCCUUUAAUUAUGCAAAGGGCCAAUUUACUUUGUUAAUAAACACUCAGUGAACCUGUAACAUGUUUGCUUUGCACAGUUGGGUCUCACUUCACAUUUUAGAAAUUGAACAGCAGUUUUGGAGAGUAAUGUACAGUGUUUAAACAGAGUCCAUGACUGGACUUUCUGUCACUUAACUUUCUUCUCUGUAAGCUUAUAUCCCAAAUGUUUGAACAAUUUUAGUUUAGAAAAACUGGAUUUCCAUUUUGUUUUAAUUUUAAAAAGCUGUAUUUGUCUUCAAUAAAAAAAAGUCAAACUGAA